CGACUUCCUAGAUGCUUGGCCAAGGCGGUGGCUGAUCUCUCUGAUGUUGAAAUCGGCCAAUGGAUUGUAUCCGUACUCAUGGCUGAACCAGUAAGGCAAGGCGCUAGGGAAGAGCAUACAAAUAGUCCACGGCCGAUCCUUGGGCAAAGGAACUUGGAUGAUUCCGUGGCUCCGUCCGGCCCACGCCCUUUACGUUUGUCUCCUCAUCGUGAUGAAACGGCGGCUUGGGGCUCGCCAUUUCCCUGCGUCAGAGGACUUGCUGUUGCGCGAAGGCAGUUUUGUGAGCAACCAUCGCAAACGAGAUAGACUGCAUAAUCACGGAAAAAAAAACAGGGUACCGAAAAAAGAGCUGGCUGUUCUCGAGGCUUCAAAAAGCUACGCAUUCCGUCGAGGCACGUCAUGCACAGGCCAGCCUUUGUACCAUUACCUAUCAGCUUGGACUCUGUGGCUGCUUGACCGGAUCGUCGUCAUGCCUCCGUCCAGCUUAUCCACUGUCCCAGUCACGAGCUGGUUCGGUUAAGGAGUGGGCGCUGCGCUUGAAGGAAUGGAUGCACCUCUGACUGAGGAUGAGGGUGGGUGAGUGGCACGCCCGUUUCGACAAGGUCUCCGGCCGUGGCAGCAACAACGGAGACACUUC